GAGUGACGCGGCAAUGAUACCCCUCAGGAUCUAGCGUCUUGUCUGAGUAGGACUGAGUAGUAUUCGUGGUGUGCCUAAGAUGGGAUCAAAACAAGGUUUAAAACGGAACUACAAAGUUGAAGCGAAGUACGGUGCGUUCUAUACAGGUGGAUCGGUUCAGUGGUCUGCGAAGGGCAACUUUCUCUUUUGUCAACACGGAAGCAGUGUGAAAACUCUUAGUGUAGAAGAUGGCAAAGUGGAAAGGUGCUUUGACCUGGGGGAAGAGGAGGAAGUGACAGCAUUUGCCGUCAGCACCGAUGACCAGAUUCUUGUUGUGGGAGGUCGUAGUGGGCUACUGCGCCACUAUGACUUGGAAAAUACAAAGCUCGAGAGAACGUGGAAAUCAUUCCAUGUUGGCUCCAUUGCGUGUAUGGCCUUUGACACGACGUCUACGUUACUGGCCAGUGGAGGGUGCGAUUCCAUCAUCAAAGUAUGGGACGUGGUAAGACAGUAUUGCACUCAUCACCUGCGUGGAGCACAAGGCGUGUUCAGCAUUGUUAAAUUUCAUCCUGUGGCGAGCACGGCCCAGCUUUUUGGCGCUGCCGACGACUAUCGCAUUCACGUGUGGGACCUGCGCAAGAGUACCCUGGUGGGAUCUCUGUCGGGGCAUUUUAGUGUUAUUACAGACUUGGCUUUUAUCGACGAUGGUGGUCAGCUUCUGAGUUCAAGCAGAGACAAGGUCGUAAUCCUGUGGGACACUCGAGAGCUUAAAACACUAAAGACGAUUCCUGUGUAUGAGUCAAUAGAAUCUAUGGUACUGCUGAACUCUAGAGAAAUUUCCUCAGUUGUGAUAAAGAACACAAAAGGCCCUCACUUUGUAACAGUUGGAGAAAAAGGAAGGUUGCGUCUUUGGGAUGUGGGUACAGCGUCUUGCAUACAGGAACAGGAUUUGGGUCCAGCACCAGAAGGACCCAUGUCUCAGCUUUUGUACUGCGCUGAGAAGAAAGCUUUAUUAGCUGUUUCCUUCGAUCACAACAUUACCAUACAUUCACCCGAGGGUUUUGUGACUCGGAAGCAGUUUGUAGGUUUCAACGACGAAGUGCUGGAUUUGCGGCUUCUUGGCCCCAACGAGAGCUUUUUGGCGGUGGCUACGAACAGUCCUCAAGUACGGCUAUUUGAACUGGCCACGUUUAAUUGUCACCUCCUCAGCGGUCACUCGGAUCUCGUUAUUGCCAUGGAUGUCUUUCGGUCUGACCCCACGCUUCUGGCCACAGCUUCGAAGGAUAAUUCAGUGAAAGUGUGGAGACUCCAUGACGAUGGCCAUCCUGAAUGCCUCUUCACUGGAAAGGGUCACACAGCAGCUAUUGGUAGUGUCGCCUGCUCAUUCCUCUCAGCAUCAUUCCUCGUAACGGGUGGUCAAGACCGAACGCUCAAGCUCUGGGAAGUGCCCCCGAGGCCUAGGCUAGUGACUUUGGUGGACCCGUGUGCAGGUGUUCCACUGCAGACAAGGGCCACUCAGCUUGCUCACGAAAAAGACAUCAAUUCUGUCGCUGUUUCUCCAAAUGACCAGCUCAUUGCUACAGGUUCACAAGACAAACUGGCAAAGCUCUGGAGUGCCACUGACUUGUCCCUCCUUGGAUCAUUUCGUGGACAUCGGCGAGGGAUCUGGUGCGUCCAGUUCUCAGCUGUAGACAAGGUUCUUGCUACAUCAUCGGCUGAUACCACCAUAAAGUUGUGGUCACUUACAGAUUUUACCUGUGCCAAGACCUUUGAGGGCCAUGAAUGCUCAGUAUUGAAAGUACUAUUUUUGAGCCAGGGGAUGCAGUUGUUAUCAAGUGGUGCUGAUGGAAACCUCAAGCUGUGGAACAUUAGUGACAACGAGUGUGUGAAGACACUCGAUGAACAUCAAGACAAGGCAUGGGCAUUGACAACGAAUCUAGAUGAAACUCUCGUUGUGACGGGAGCAGCAGAUUCAGCCAUUAUUGUGUGGAAGGACUGCACUACUGAGGAGGAAAAAGAAACUUUUGAGAAGCAGGAGUCACUAGUUUUACAGGAACAAGAGUUAAGCAACCUGAUGAAGGAAAAGAAAUGGUCUAAAGCACUGCACAUUGCACUCACUCUGGAGUAUCCUUUCAAGGCCCUCACAAUAAUCAAAGAAAUUCUUCUUGAAAAGGACAGCCAGCAGGAGCUAAAGAAGGCCUUGGAACCUCUUCGAGAAGAUCAGAUGGAUACCUUGCUCCGGUUUGCGUGUACUUGGAACACAAACAGCAAGCACAGCGCAGCUGCCCAGGCAGUGCUUUUCAUAGCACUCAAUACCUACUCUCCUGACGCACUUCUUAAAAUGCCCAAUGCCAGAAGCAACCUGGAAGGAUUCCUGCCGUACACAGAGCGACACUUCCAGCGUAUGAACCGUUUGAAUCAGCAAGCCCUUUUCCUGGAGUACCUCUGGAGCAACAUGAAGAUUGCAGAUAUCGACAUGAACAUGACAUCAGAAGAAAGCCGUGAAUGACAAAAGGAAAGGUAGUUAUCGCUAUACUUGGUGGUAUCCAUCAGCUCAAAUAAACAAAAGCCUUGCCAGUG